UCAUGUUCUGGUUGGCUUUUGUACUGCUUUUCGCUGUUCAGCAGGGAGGUGGCAGUACCAUUGGCCGCAGCAGCCGCAGUAAUGACCCUAACUGCGGGAAGGCUUCCGUGGGGCUGAACGCCGCGCCCCAGCGGAUCCACGGCGGACAGUACGCCACCCAGGGGAUGUUCCCGUGGAUGGUCAGCCUGAAGAACCUCAAACCCGAGAACCUGCACUACAAGCACUACUGCGGCGGUACCCUGUACAACAACCAGUGGGUCAUCACCGCUGCACACUGCGCGGCAGAGGCUACUGGAGGAACCGAUCCAAGCAUGUGGCGAGUCCGAGCUGGCCUGACGUCUGUGGUAACCUGGGAGGAUGGCAGGGAGGACUACAACGUGUCCCGUGUAAUCCUGCACCCCGCCUACCACGAAUUUACCAUAGGUUCCCAGGAUGUGGCGCACCACGAUGUGGCACUGAUCAAGCUAGCCAGCCCCAUAACAGUGAACAACUUGGUGAACAAUAUCUGCCUGCCUGACUCGGACGCGAUCCCCGGGACUAACUGUGUCGUGAGCGGAUGGGGCUACCAUGAUAUACAGAACCAGGUGGAUGGUGCUGAAUCGGAAAGGCUGAAGUGGACGUACGCCCCCUUGCUCGACCCCGCGUACUGCAGCAAGGACCACGUCUGGGGUACCCUAGAGGUCAGCAGUAUCCAGGUGUGUGCCGGAUAUGAGCAUGGACGGGACGACGCUUGUGACGGAGACUCUGGUGGCCCGCUAAUUUGCCCGUCCCCUGACGGCAGCCGGUGGGAACUGCAUGGAAUCGUGAACUGGGGAGAACAGCCGUGCGGUGACCCACACAAGCCCACCAUGUACGCCCGAGUCACCGCCUUCAAGAGCUGGAUCGAGCAGACCAUCCAGUCCAACUAG